AUGCAAGGUCAAGGUCAACAAGGCAGCUCCAAUUCCUUCCGUGGAAACUUUUACUUCAAUGAUGUUCUUCCAUCUGAUCAGCAUGACGUGGUUCCUAAUGCUGUAGAUAAUAAUGGAGAUACUUCUAUGAGUUGGAUUGGUCAACCCAUUUCUGGUCUUGAUGCCCAAAACCAUGUCAGUUUUGGUCAAGUAGGUGAUGACUUGUGGCUAUCACCUCUUCGUGAUCAGCCUAGCACUGUUCAAAGCUUCGAAGAAAGACAUUUUAAUGAGCCGAACUUUAAUCCUUUCCAACAGAACAUUAAUGCGAGCCCGUCAACCGUCAACCCUUUCCUAGAUAUCCUUGGCGUGAGCCACCGAAAUGGUCACAUCAGCAGUGAGCAUGGCCCAAUUGGCCCAUCAUCAGUUUUUCCAGGGCAAGAGGAGAGUUCUGAUCCUCUCCAACAUAACUUGGACCUGAAUGCAGUUGUACAAGAAAGCCGUGGACUGAAUGCAGUUGUACAAGAAAGCCGCGGACAGAAUGCAGUUGUACAUGAAAGCCGUGGACAGAAUGCAAGCCAGGAUAAUGGGCCAUACUUAUCAUUAGACCUUUUCAGAACAGGAACAGGAGCAGGUAAUCGCAUCCGUUCUUCUAGCCCAGUCUUGAUUUAUUCAGGAGUUGCGGAAUAUGCUGUAGAAGAAAAUAUCAACAGAGAAGGUCUUCCAACUGAUGGACAGAGAAGGCUCUUAUGCAAAAGAAGGGAGCCUGAAUUUGCUUCUGGGCAAGUAAAUAGUUCAAGCUCCACAUGGCAAGUUGGGAAUUCUGAACAGUCAAGGGUUACCGCCCAAGAUAAUGUCAUCAGUAGUUUAAAUGCAUCUAGUUCCUUGAAUAAUCGCCUGAAUAGCAGCCAUUCAGGAAUUCUGGUUGCUCCGCCAGCACCCUCUAACCUCUAUCAUAUUCUAAAUGAGGCUGGACAAGUAGACGACUUUCAAAGAAAUACCCGCUUGAGAAGAACUGAAAGUCAACAGAACCCUACACCACUAAACUUGUGGACAUUGAACUCAAGCAAUUCUAAUGUACAAGCAACUGGUCAACCAUCAGUAUUUUCUCCAUUAGCUAAUGUACAAGCAACUGGUCAACCAUUAGUAUUUUCUCCAUUUGAUCGCUUUACAAUUACAAGCUCGGCACUAGCACCAGUUCCAGUAAAUCCAGCCAUGCAGCCCAUUGUACAAUUCUCUAAUUCGUUGCACGCUCCGCAACCUUACCAAAAUUGGAAUGGGACAACCAUGUCAUUGGUUGGUUCUUCAUCUACCUCUCCUGAUCAGACUGUCUAUGUAAGAGAAGCUUUGGGGUUGGAAGAAAACUCAAGAAACAACAGAAGAAAUAUGAUGAUUCCUUCGGCAAACAUGCAAGCAAACCUGAACUUGGCCAAUGGGAGUGCAAAUUUCAUCGGAAACAUUGCCUCCUCUUCAAGAAUCCAACCCGGGACAGGCGUGUAUCUACCGACUUCGUCCACGAGGUACCCUCAACCAAAUAUGGCAGAACAACAUGCACAAAGAGUGCGAGAUAUUGUCGAUCGCUCUGAGGACAGGAGGCUGUGGAAUUACCGCCCAGUAAAUUCGGGUGCUUCUCUUGUUGUGCGAGAGCUGGACUUUUCAGAGAGGGGUGGAAAUGUCGGGACUGGUCAGGUUCCUCAGAGGUUGGGACAGGGAGCUGAGAGACAAGGUCGUCAUCAUUCUGAAGUCUCACCUACAGUACAAUUUGAAACUGCUGAUCAAAGGAGACGUAGACAGUUAGCUGAGCUUCGCAAUGUCUUAGGAAUUGGACGUAGGCAUGGUGUAAUACACCGUGAGGAUUCUGAUCCUUCAUUUUUGAAUGAUAUGCCUGAGGAGCCUGAUAAUCAUGACGAUAUGCGCUUAGAUGUUGAUAGUUUGUCUUAUGAGGAACUACUGUUCCUGGAAGAGCAAAUUGGGGACGUUUGCACUGGGCUAAGCGAGGAAUUUAUUCUGGCCUAUCUGAGAAGGCGAAAUUAUCAGUCCAUCACAAUUGGACCUCCAGUGGAAGCUGAAACAUGCUGUAUCUGUCAGGAGGAGUAUGGUAAUGGAGAAGAGCUUGGAAUGCUGGACUGUGGCCAUGACUUUCACUUCGAUUGCAUUAAGCAAUGGCUCGUGCAGAAGAAUUCAUGCCCCAUAUGCAAAAGGACAGCUUUGGCUAAUCGAGAGCAUAUCUUUAUGAACAUUGUUAUUUACCUUACCUUUCGUUGCACAGGUUUUCAUGUGGAUUCUUUUCCAGGCGUGGCUGACAUGAAAGAACAUCCUCCAAAUUCAUUACAAUUAAGCUAUUGCAGUUUGCAAAAACCAUAUAGAAAUCCAUGUAGUCUUCUCAAUUCCCGAUCCUACAUAAUAUUGACAUCAACAAUUGUGGGAUACUGUCAACAAAAACAUGAUCUGGGCCAUGAGUUAUUCAACUUCGUACAGCAGCGGUGUGAUGCUUUUGGAGAGGAACUAUAA